CCGCAUAUACAGGUUGUCUAAAGCGCUCUUGCACGGGGGAACUUCCUUUCGGUCCGACAUCUUGAAGAGGAAACAUGCCGCCUAAGCAGGACAAGAAAAAGGACGCUGGCAAGUCCAAGAAGGACAAGGACCCAGUCAACAAGUCUGGGGGCAAAGCCAAGAAGAAGAAGUGGUCCAAGGGAAAAGUGAGGGAUAAGCUCAACAACCUGGUGCUCUUCGACAAGGCAACCUAUGACAAGUUGUACAAAGAAGUUCCCAACUAUAAACUCAUCACCCCAGCUGUUGUGUCAGAAAGGCUAAAGAUCCGUGGCUCCCUGGCAAGGAAUGCCCUCCAGGAACUGCUUGCCAAAGGCAUGAUCAAACUGGUAUCCAAACACAGAGCACAGCUGAUUUAUACUCGCAACACCAAGGGCGGAGAUGAGGAGGCAGCGGCAGAGAAAGCAUAAACAGGUUCUCCUAUCUGCUUCCUUUUACCAAGCUGUUUGUAAUGAAAGGUGAAUAAAAAAUAAAGAAAAGAAAUGGUUCUGAGGUAA